UUCGUUUUUUUGUAAAAAGGAGGGACGAACACAAGAGGAGUUUUUACGUCGAUGGACCGGAUCAAUCAGUUUAAGUUGAGACAACUCGGCCCGCGGACAUGCUUGGCAGGAACUUUUUUGAGCUGUAAAACACAUCCGCAAGAAGUGACUGGAGCACAUGCAACAACUUGGUGGAUUUAAGAGUGUUCCUCAAGUAAAUCGCCGCGGGGCUCCACUGUACUGGCCAUCUCCCUGCUAAACCGACGGAUAAUAAUCGAACACUACCCGUCUCUUUUGAAGUCGUCUGAAAAGGCUUCAGAAUUACCGUCUUAAUUCAGUCGGAGCCACUUGAAUACCUUCCUUUUCAUUCAAUUUACAUGCACUCGUCACUGGUCAGUUAACCGAGUACCUCAUGCCUAUGUGGACUACUGCUGUGCCAUUCGUGGGGAAAGAAACACACCCCGGCAAUUACAUAGUCAGUGUAGUGGGGUGCAUCGAUCGCAUUGCUGGCUUGACAACUUAGAGGGUGCGGACAAGUCUGUAGCGGUUGCGCAAGCACAGUUUUCGUUGUAACUUUCAGCCAAUCUUCAAAAACUGAAAAUGAUGCUGAAGGUUUUGCUGGUAGUUUUGGCCGUGACUGCCGGGGUGUGGGCCGAGGAAUGCCCGGAUAGAUACUGGCAAUCGAGUGACGGCACGGUCUGUCUGCGUACUGAUGUCGACCUUGCCAUGACGCUAUCAGACGCUGAGGCGUACUGCGCAAGCCAACCUGCUCCCGGUCGUCUCUUCCUGCCAACGGCCAGCAACACCGGCAUCCUGAAGGAGUACGCGGAUGAGACCUUCAUACUGAGUCCCGAUCUGUGGCGACGGUACUGGGUGGGGCUCACCAAAGACCUAUCCGACGCCUGGCAGAGAAAUGUCGUGGAUUCCCAGGCGGGUGGACCGUACUGCGUGGCACUGGACUAUCGCCGUCCCGUCAACAGCCAACAGGUGUCAUUCUACGGCUACGAGACUCUCUCCUGCCGAAGCGACUUCAAGCUGCCCGCUAUCUGCUCCGUCGAGCCGAAACUGGGGGUCCAAGAUGUAAUUCAACCGGAGCCGGCUAACGGUACACCAGAGUGCUCAUGCCCACCCUGUGCCGUGCCCACAUGUGAGUGCCCAGCGGUCGAGCCCUGCCAGAAUGACGUCCCGCCUCCCCCUCCCAUGGUCGAGUGCCCACCCACCUGGUUCACCCGCCGAGGGUAUUGCUACCACUUCCUGAUUGCCAGCAAGACCUGGGAGGAGGCCUCAUCCAGCUGCCAGAAGGAUGGAGCUGAGCUCGUCUUCAUCGCGGACAAAGCUGAGAAUGACUACUUAGCGGAGAUCAGCGAUGAAUUGUCCGAGGCGUCUCCCACGAUGCGACGGUACUGGAUCGGUCUGAAUGACCGCAACGAGGAAGGGCAGAUGACUUGGGCCAGCGGCGAGCCUCUUAGCUUCACCUUGUGGGGACCAAGACAGCCCAGCGUCCAUAAGAAACGCCGUUAUGAGGAGAACUGUGUGGUAAUCAAUAGUCAAUCUCCAGGUAAAUGGGAUGACAUCUCAUGCUGGCGCCGUCAUCCAUACAUCUGCAAAAAAGCUGCCCAGAUCAUCAAAGAAUAAGUGUCAAAAUCUUUGAACUAAGAAUAAAACCAAAUCAGAACCGUUCAUAUAACAUUUUAUCCAGUCCUAACGAACAGCCGACUUUCAUUCUGAGGAUUGCGGCUGUUUGCUAAAUGGAAGUUUUCACGUAAGUUUGGGACAUAUUCUUUACAAUUUUCACAGGGAACUCGGUGACUAAUUUAGGGACCUAUAUUAGAUGCAAUGUAUAAAGGAAAUGCUCGGUGCUAUUUUUAGAAUUCUUCAGUUAAUUGUGUUUGUAUUCAGCUACUUUCAUUUUAAGUUUUGUAUUACGUUGUUACAACUUUUAAAAGUACACAGACUUCAAACUGUAGCAUAUAUUUCUUUGAAGUAGUUUCUUUGGUUCGAAAAUUAAUGUCAGAUGUACAUUUAGUCCCCUACUUAAUUUUCUGCGUGCUCGAAUGCACUUUUAAAACCUAAAACGCUACUACACCGAAGGACGCACCAUGGUACAUUUAUUUGUUUAGUCGCAUGCAGCUGUGAUAAGAUUUGGUGUGAGAAAACUGUAAGAAAAUUUUAAUAAGUGCCUAACCCAUUUGAUGUUUAUAAUUAUAUGUUUUGCCUUGAUAAAAUGUUCUGGUAUAACCCGCAUGCCCGUUGGCAAGGACUAAACCUUUCCUAAUGGGCAUGAUACAAAGAAGUUGGUCGUGCUAUAACUGCUUAUAUCAUGGUAUCAAUACACUAUCUAAAAUUUGUUUUGGAUACCAGGUACCACCACCCACUGAUAAUUUUACUGCUGUUGUUGCUUUUUGUUCAGGAAAUAAUCUAGGCAAAGUUCUGUUCAAACCAUUAAACAAUAUGCUGUGCUCCUAUUAGUACUACAAGAGUAUUUUCUUAUUUAACGUGUGGUUUUUAAUCGUUCUAACUUUUCUUUAGUAUAAUUAAUCUACUCUCAUUAUGAUAUUUUUGUAUUUAAAGCACAAUGUAUAUAAGUUUCAUGCACCGUUACCAAAAAAUUGUAAUCAAUUUGAAAAAAACUUGUGAACAAAAUAAAUAUCUUUGAUGCUAUUUC